AUGUAUGUUUUGGUAUAUGUCAAUGACAUUUUGGUCACUAAAAACAAUUCAGAUCGGGUUACUGCCAUGCUUCACCAAUUAAGUACAGAAUUCAGCAUUAAAGACUUGGGUCCCCUAGACUUCGUUCUUGGGAUUGAAGCUCAUAAUCAUCCCAAGGGAAUGCUACUUUGUCAAACAAGGUAUAUAGAUGAUCUCCUCACCCGAUCUGGACUGGCUGAUUGUAAGCUCUUACUCACCCCAAUGUCUACUACUGCAACUACAUCUGAGGCAGGGGGUGUGCCCUUAAAAGAUGUGACUCAAUAUCGAUCCAUUGUUGGUGCCCUCCAAUAUGUGACUCUUACACGCCCUGAUGUGGCAUUCUCCGUUAAUAAAGUUUGUCAGUACAUGCAUUCCCCCACAGAAGACCAUUGGAUGUUGGUGAAGUGCAUUUUGCGCUAUCUUAAAGCAACAAGGGCCCAUGGGUUGCUUAUUGAACGGUCACCUGACAACACUCUCCAGGCUUUCUUUGAUGCAGACUGGGCAGGUAGCUCUAAGGAUCGUAAGUCUACUGGCGGGUAUGCGGUCUACCUUGGCCCAAAUCUAGUAUCUUGGAAUUUAAGAAAACAGCAAACUGUGGCACGCUCCUCCAUGGAAUCCGAGUACAAGGUGGUGGCUGAUGCCUCUACCAAACUUUUUGUGGUUAGAAUCUUUAUUUCGUGA